GGAUUUUCCCGCCCUUCCGCCGGCCUCCGGCGGAGUGUCACGGUUCACGCCCCUCUCUGGGGUUACCUGUCUGAUGCCAGAGGGGGGGUGGGGGGUUUCGGGAACUGGCAGGAGGCAGAGGCCCUUCCCAAGUCCCGAAUCUUAAGGGGCAAAGGCCAUAAUUCUGGGCCGUUGACUCCGCCGAGAAGCGGGAGGCGGGAAGAAGCCAGCGGCGUGGGCGGGGUCGGGGGUGAAAGGUCAGAGGACCGAGAAGGGGGCGGAGCGCGCCGGAGGCGGAUGGCGGCUGCGGCGGCUCAGCACCCCCGGCGGCUGGUGGCGCGCUGAGGCGGCGACGCGCGGCGGACGCGGCGGGGCGCGGGGCGGAGAGAGCAGCAGCGGCGGCCGCUCCCAACAUGCACAGCCUGGCGACGGCCGCGCCUGUGCCUACAGCCCUGGCUCAAGUGGACAGAGAAAAGAUCUAUCAGUGGAUCAACGAGCUGUCCAGUCCUGAGACAAGAGAAAAUGCUUUGCUGGAGCUCAGUAAGAAGCGAGAAUCUGUCCCUGACCUUGCCCCCAUGCUGUGGCAUUCAUUUGGUACUAUCGCAGCUCUUUUGCAGGAAAUUGUAAAUAUUUAUCCAUCUAUCAACCCGCCCACCUUGACAGCGCACCAGUCUAACCGAGUUUGCAAUGCUCUGGCUUUACUGCAGUGUGUGGCGUCCCACCCAGAAACCAGGUCAGCAUUUCUUGCAGCACAUAUUCCACUUUUCUUGUACCCCUUUUUGCACACUGUCAGCAAAACACGUCCUUUUGAGUAUCUUCGGCUAACCAGUCUUGGAGUUAUUGGGGCCUUGGUGAAAACAGAUGAGCAGGAAGUAAUCAACUUUUUAUUGACAACCGAAAUUAUCCCUUUGUGUUUGCGCAUUAUGGAAUCUGGAAGUGAACUUUCUAAAACUGUUGCCACAUUCAUCCUCCAGAAAAUCCUUCUAGAUGACACUGGUUUAGCUUAUAUAUGUCAAACAUACGAGCGUUUCUCUCACGUUGCCAUGAUCUUGGGUAAGAUGGUCCUGCAGCUAUCCAAAGAGCCUUCUGCCCGUCUGCUGAAGCAUGUAGUGAGGUGUUACCUUCGACUCUCAGAUAAUCCCAGGGCCCGUGAAGCGCUCCGCCAGUGCCUCCCCGACCAGCUGAAGGACACGACCUUCGCCCAGGUGCUAAAAGAUGACACCACCACCAAACGCUGGCUGGCACAACUGGUGAAGAACCUGCAGGAGGGCCAGGUCACAGAUCCCCGAGGGAUCCCCCUGCCCCCACAGUGACCCUCCCACUGCUCCCCCAAGUGGGGAGAGGGCGGGACGACGGGAAGCUGGAGGGAAACAGCUCAGGUUUUACUAGGACUGAUCUGCUCUCGAGCACCUCAGUGCUGAAAGGCCCCUGGGCCUCCAGGUAUGGGCCGAGGCGUCGGGACCUGGGCGCUCUCCGCUCCUCCCAGGAAAGGGGCUCCCAGCCCAGCCCCAGGAGGGUGUCGACACCAGCAGAUGCUGUCUUUGCAGCACACCCCAGAAGACCCUCUCCUCACCCGGCCCUGGGAGGGAGGCGGGGCAGCGUGGCACUCGCUCCUGCUGAGCGCCUGCGAACAAGCCAUGGACCAGUUCGCUCUUCUGCCUUCCUGGAAGACUCAAGACAUGUCUCUUCAUCCUCUCUCAGUAUUUGUUUACUCUGGUCUUUGGUUUUGAUCUCAGAGAGGUCUGUGUGGUGGACACUCAGCCAAACUGGGCCAGUUGGCACUGUUUACAAGUCUGUUAGCUGCAGAAGCUCAAUAAAACGUUGGUCUGGGCAUUAUAUCCAUCUCCUCCAGUAGGCCAAGAGCUGCAUGAACUGUGUGAAGACUGGGAGGUGGGGAAAGGCACAGAAGCUAAAGGACCGACCGCAGGCAAACACAUGUGCACGCACACCCCAACACCCCCACUUACCCCUUCCCUCCCCCACUCUCCUACCCCUUCUUGUCAUUUCCGGCUUGAACUGCUAGCGAGCGUUUCCAGAUCUUCAUGCUUGUCCCUUCCCUGCUCUGCUAAAGUCCCUCUGUCCUGAUCGAGCGGGCUGUCCCAGAGGGGUAUUGCAUUUGGGGAAGAGAGGCAGCAGGCCUCUUGGCUUGGCUUCGUUUCACAUCCCCAAAACUCUGGCUGAGCAGCCCCAAAGGGGCAUGCCCGGGUGAAGAAGCUGUGCCCCGAGCCUGCGCUCGGCUGUCUGGUGAGUCGUGCAGCUCCGCCUGUCUUCAUGAUUGUACUUGCAGUAUUGGUUGAAUGAGUUCAUGUUAUCCAGAGCUCUGUAGAGGGCUGAACUCUGCUUGUUCACCGCCUUGGGUGUGGGGGGUUGAUGGGGGAGACAGACACAUUCCAUUUUGGUCUCUGAGAAUUACAGGGUUGCCACUAAAAUCUUUUUUGCUUAUUGAUGUUGUGUCAGAUUUUCUCCUCUUGGAGCUUCAGGUGAUGCCACGGCCCGGAGGCUUGGCUCUGUAAGCCCAGAGCAAACUGCCUUGCUCCCCGCCACCCUCCUGCUGUGACCGGUUUCUCUUUCUUCUCUCUUCCCCCCCCCCCAUCCCUCUCCCUCAUUCUCCUCCCUUCCUCUCCCCAUCAAUCCCUGGCCCCCUUCCUUACCCCCUUCUCCAAAUCCACCUCUAGAGGGAGACCGAAUGUUUUGUCCCCCUCUCACACACUCGGAGGCGUCUCUUGAAACAAGGGUGGAGAGAGUCUCCGUGCUCACAGAAGCGUUUGCAGGGGCAGCUUUGCCCACACAAGGGCUCUUCCAGGCCGCCUUCCGCAGAGGAAGCCGGCCUCACUGGUCCUGCCUCUUCCAGCCAAAAGCAGAGUCAGUGAGCUGGGUGUCGGGACCAGAACGCGCCUGACUUCCCUGCCUUUCAAACGCAGGGGAGACGGGCGCCAGCCCUCCAUCAGCCCCAGCCCGGAAAAGGCAGAGCACAUGGUUCAGAGCGGCUGGCCAGCUGGACUCCUUCCAGGCCCUUGUCCAUCUCUAGAGAGUUCAGCGAGGGCCGCCCCUGCUGUAUGCCCACCGUUCCUGCCCAGCCAAAGGUUUUCACUCCCCUUCUGCUGGGGAAACCUCUGCCGCCCAGGGCCUUGCUCCCUGGCGCAUUCUCUCUCUCCAUCUUUGGGUGCAUUGGCCAUGUUCCCCUACCAACAAUGUCUUAAUUCUCGUUCAGUCUUCUCAGCUGCCCUCGGACCCUACAUCCGUGUUGGGGAGGGAGUGGGAAGAGCGGGUAUUCCCUGGGGUUGAUGCUGCUGUUUCGCGUGAAUAAAGAUAACUCCUCCCUCUCCUUGUUUUGUGUGCCACCCCUCUCAUAAGAACUGAAAUAAAAUAUGCUUGUUUUUCUAAAGUCAAGU